AUGCCCUCUUACACAGUAUCUGAGCCGCACCCAACCGUGCCCCAGGGCUCCUACACCCGCGCAGGUCGCGGCGGCGCCGGCAACUUCUUCCGGGCCCCGGCCACCACUCCCGCCGCUGGUGUCCCCACUGUCGCCAAGCCCAUGCCUCCCAGCACGGAGCGCUUCUACUCUGGGCGCGGCGGUGCCGGCAACGCGCGCUCUGCCAAGGACCGCCCCCAGCUCUCCUUUGACGAGCUGUACAAGAUCCAGAGCCUUGCCGAGGAGAAGCCCGCGGGCCACGUCGGCCGCGGCGGCGCCGGCAACGUCUACGGCUCCGGCAGCCUGCGCAAGGAGAGCGACGCCAGCAGCCACCGCAGCAACAGCAGCUCGGGCAGCAUCAAGUCGGGCUUCCUGAAGCGACUGAGCAGUGUCAGCUCCAAGGGUCCCAUGUAA